AUGAGGAAACGCUUCAGCGUUGGGUUCACCAUUCACGAGGCCCUAAACUUAGUUCGAGAGCGAGGCCGCCCUAUUGACCCGCUUGUCGUUGUGCGCUGCUGCGGACGGGAGUAUCGCUCCGACAUAAAGUUUGCAAAAGCGAAUGUCGUUUCCUGGGACGAGUCUCACACGUGGACAGACAUAGAGCUCUCUAGCGACGAGUGGGCCAAGUCGUUUAUUGAAUUCGAAGUGCAGGCGGCGAACGCAUUCUGGAGGAACACAACGAUCGGAAUCGUCUCCCUACAGCUGUCUCUCGUCCAAAAGCGAAAGACGCAUCAAGUCAAGAAAUCACUGCCCCUGCAGAGUCCCGAUGGAGCUGAUCUGCAUGGGUCCCUGCGGGUUACUGUCUUCGCCUGCGGCCCCGGCGAGUCCCCUCCGAGCCCUGGCGAGGAGUUGGAGGACUCGGACGAUGACAACCAGGGGUUUAUAGACGACUUGCGAAAUGUCGUCAUUGAUAACCGCCAGGACUUGGUCCGAGGCGAGGGCACACGGCCUUUUCACGUCUACGUGACGAUUCACCGUCUGGAGGACCUACCACCGGCGGCAAAAGGCUUGAGGGACCCUUUCGUCGUUUGCGAGUUCGCUGGCUGUCGCGUGCGCACGGCGCAAGCGCGUGCGACGAGCUCCUACACCUUCAACGAAUGUUUCCGCAUUCCCGUCAUGACUCCCGUCCCGGAGGACACGAUUUUGAUCAAAGUCUGGGACUGGAACUUCAUGAGUGCAGAUGAACUGCUAGCAGUAGGCCGCAUUUCUUUCGCCGAGUUGCGAUCUCGUCAUAUUCUCCCACGAUGGUUCAACUUCUACGGAUUCGACGUAGGGGAAAUCCCCAACUUCUCGGAAGUCAUUGCGCAGAGCGGCAAACUGACGCCGUGCACAUACAUGGGGCGGCUGCUACUUAGCGCUCGAGCGGAACGACUUGACAAAGACGCAGAGCUGCUUGCCGCUCAUUCCGUUGCAGCUGCACCCUACGAAGACCCCCGCGUAAUCCCUAUUCUUCUCUUUUCCGACGUGUACGAGGUGCAGGGAGCACCGGGGGACAGAAUCUACGUGGAAGUGUCUUGUGGGCCUCUGAAGGAGAGAACUCGAUGGGUAUCCGGAGAGUUGGUGAAGCAGCGAGAACGUGAAUUGGGGGAGGCUCCUUCAGCAGUGACUGCUGCCUUGGAAGGAGCAAAGGGAAUGGCAAAUUACUUCCUAGGGGCUUCUCCCGAAGGCCAGGACCAUUUUGUAUUCACCCCUGUAGAUGGGCGCAUUCCAGAGUUGCGCAUGGCCGUCCCUGAUGACGAGAAGCAGCAGUGGGACGUUAUUAUUAAUGUUUAUGCCAAGGGGAUAUCCAAGAAUAUACCGCAGGCUACUCGUGUGGCGUACCAGAGAAUGCCGCUGGCGAAUAUUCCUGGUUACGUACAAAACAACCCACGGGCACCCGUUUGGGUCCCUCUGCACCCCAUGCCCCACCUUUCGGACAGUUUGGCUCCUUCCGCUGUGCUCAUGACACUGGAGAAGGCCAAGACAGAUGCGGCCGCAAGAACAAAGCGGAAGAACAUCGUUGCAGCGGAGUAUAUUUUAAGGACCUACGUCUACACGGCACGCAAAAUUUCGUCCCCCAGUGGCGCUCUCCCAAACCCUCUGGUGCAGGUGACAUGCGCUGGAGUCACAAAGGAAACAGAGCCAUGUGACGCCACUUCCAAUCCGGUCUUCAUGGAAUGUUUGCAGCUCGAGCUGAGACUUAUGACUGACACAGCCACUCGCCUCCCCACAGUUGUUCCCAUCGUCGCCAGCGUAUUCGAUGAUCGGUCGUGGGGCCGUCAGCUUCUUGGCAGAGCUGUCUGUCAUUAUGACAGGCUGAGAGGAAGGCUGAAGCCAGGAGAAAUUCCUUCUGUCGCAGAGCCCCGCUGGAUUAAGCUAAAGGGGGGGAAACGUCUGAACAAGCAUCGGGGAGACAUUCUGAUUUGCUUUGAACUGAUUCGGAAGAAGGACGCAGAGACGCUACCUGCGUAUCCGAUGCGGCCUCUCGUUUGUAUGUGCAAGCUCAGCUUGUCCUGUUUGAAUUUGCGAGAUCUGAUCAUGGCGCCAAAAGGCCAGCCCAUUGACUUUGACAAGCUCAUACUUGGGAACUUCGAAGGCAUCAGACGCGUUCGCAGCCCGGUUUUGCAAGUAUCUGUCCCGUCAUUUGGAUCUUUAGGACGGGAUAGGACGGUAGUGACCCUUCAAUACGAAAGGAAUGCGGAUGGAGACCCAAGUAUCCCCAAUAGAAGAUGGUCAAACGGGGCGUACGAAAGCUUUGACAUUUUAAAGGUGGCUUCGCUAGAUGUAGAUAUUCCCGAAGACCCAAUUUAUGACCCCACCCUCACAAUUCAGGUAUAUGACCGAAAAAUCAAACCCAAGUAUUUCAUUGGGCAGUUCUCCCUUUCCCUAAUUCCUCUGAUCCCGUGGAUAGCCGACGUUGAGACAGCAUUGGAAGAUGUACGACCGUCGCGGGAUUACGAGGACUCAGUUAACUUGAAAAAGCUGGGGGGCAUAAUGCUUGGCGCCAGGGGAAGAAGUCAAAAGGGAUUUAGCACUGUGAAUGUAGUUCUGGACGCAAUCAGCUCUGCCGAUAGGGAAGCUGCUGAGGCCAACCAGUCCCGGUACCUGCAACAGGUUGGAGUUCUGAAGUGUGACCAGCCUGCUGAGGGAAUAGUUUCCCUCUGGCUAAAUCCGGACUCGUUGCCGAAGAUACUCGUGCAGUCAUAUGCAUUGCCCUCCGAUCGGCCAGUUCUCUUGGCAAGCAGCAUGUUUACCUUGAACGUAUUCAUUCCCGCAAAGUUUGUCUUGUGCGCCGAGGGCAAACGAGCUGCGGAGAAGAAGACAAAGGAGCAGUUUCAGCGGCCCUCCGUUCAAUCGACAGUAGAAAACUUUUUAGUGGAUGUGGACUUUCCUCCCGAUCCUCUCAAGAAGAAAGCCUUGGGUGUGACUCAGCUAACUGGGUCGGUUAAGUUUUUUGUCAACCUCACUCACAACGAUGAGCCGUCGCAGCACGUCGAUCAAACAGUCGUUCCGUGGGCACUGAACGAGUCGCGCCUUCGAAGGCAUUUUAGAGGGGAAGAAGCGUAUCCUAAGAUGGUCAAGAUUCGGGUGUAUGUUAUCCGAGCCAUCAACGUCCACCUGGCCAAGGGGAUGACGACUGCAAACCCCUACCUUGUAUUUUCAGUUGGGAAGACAAAGAUGCCUUUUCGGGCAGAAAACAAACCUGGAACACUAAAUCCGGAUUUCUUUACAAUGUGGGAGAGGGAUGUCGCAUUCCCCGACGAGUCUCGCUUGGAGAUCAGCGUGUGGAGUGCGCAUGAAAAACUGCUUCAGCAGGUAGAUGACGUGUUCUUAGGAAGCACUGUGAUCGACCUGGAAGAGCGUUGGUUUUCAAAAGAAUGGCAAGCUUUCAUGAAGAAAAAUGAAGUCCCUAUGGAAUACAGACCACUGUCAAGAAAGCCAAAUGGGAGCGUUACUGGAAGUAUUGAGAUGUGGUUGGAGAUGAUGGAUUCUCAGAAGGCCGGAAAAGUCCCUCGAUUCAAUCUGCAAAAGCCAUCAUCAACCGACAUUGAGAUAAGGGUUGUUCUAUGGGGUUGCCGUGGCCUGUACUUCAAGCACUUGGGUCCGAACAAGGAAACUGUAGAUGCUGUGCUUCGGUGUACAAUGGACUGCACGAAGUAUAAUGGAUCUCAACCUGUUCUGCAGAGCACAGACGUCCAUUACUAUUCAAAAACUGGCGCUGCUGUUUUUAACUGGCGCGUUGUAUACUCGCGUGUAGCAGCUCCGGUUAAUUCGUGCAUUCUUCAGAUAUCUGCUUACGAUUUCCGCAACAUCGGCGAAUCACCGUUUAUUGGAGAGGUGAACCUGGAAGUGAGGAAAUACUUAGAAAGAGUUUCACAGACAAUGGCUUCUAUCGAGGUGGACGCGGAGUUGAGGCUGCAAAACAGGGCCCAUGAGAGCCUAGACGUGCAGACCUUCGGCUAUGUGCAGGUUACUCUUCAGUUUAUGGCUCAGUCAGAGGCGACAAGCAGACCGGUAGGUUUGGGGCGAGAGCAUCCUAAUCGUGACCCUCGUCUCACAACACCACAAGAGGGCCGCAAAUGGGAAGACGUCCUAGGAUCUGCUGGACUACGCGUAGAUUACCGACCCAUUUGGUAUUGGGUACGUGUUGUUUUCAUCGUCUUUUUAUCACUCUGGGUAUUCGUCAUGGCAUUCUUGUAUCCGGCUCUGUUUCUGUGA